CAAAGCCCGUCACACAAUUUAAUUAAUUUACUGUUUGGAAUUCUUACAUUAAAAUGAUCCAGCAUGAACUGUGAUCCAUAGUACCGCGAUAUGACAUGGCUGUCGGUGUUGUCCGUGGGCCAGUACCUCACAUGGAUAUCCAUCCGUUUGCUUUUAGUGGUUUUGUUUACUCUCAUCGAACAUGAGGACGUACUGUUUAUCGUUUAAGCUGCGUGACAGCUCUCCUUUUAUGAAAGAUGCGAUGCCGUAUUUGGCAAGAUAGGCCGUUUUGUUUUCACCUCAGGUGAACGACUUGGCAAACUCAGAAUCUGGGAACAUAGCAGCUAAGUCCCCCUAAUGUCCUCGUUCGAUUUGAAGGAAUUAUGUCUGCUCACCGUGUGGAGAACCCACAAUACCUCCGCCUUCUGGGUUUCUGGUGGCGACACAAAGCCGGUUAACACCGUCUGAUGUGAAGUACUAGCCACGGAUACUGAACUUUUCAGUCCACUUCUUUCAAAUAAUACGGGCAUCGGUGUAGUCCCGCAAGCUGCCAGGGAGUAUCGGAUAUAUUUCUGAGACCUCAUGUGGGACUCAAGAGCUUUUGCUCCCAUGGUCCCUAGUAUGAAUGCCUUUCGGGAUAAACGACACCUUGCCUCGUAGUCAUCUGCCUUCUCCAACCACCCCCGGAACUUAUCCUCCUCAAACCAUUUCUCAUUGAAUUUGCACCGUCCCAUCCUGAAAGUAGCGCAAGUUGGCCUGAUGAUGUCAACCUUCACUAGCUAAAAUUAGCGCCAGCAAGUUAGCCUACUGAUGACUGAUGUCAACGUUAACGUAACGUAAAACUCCUGAAAAUGCCGUAAUUAAAAGACGCACUAGGUGAUUUGUUGGGUGCGACAAUUUCCCUGAGUCUUAAAAAACCCUCUGCAAAAUUUAAUUCCUAGAGCAAAUUUACAGUAAAUUUAAGACAAUUUAUGGCAAUUUAUAAUUUCACACAAAAAAAAUUAAGACUUUUUAAGGACCCGCGGGAACCAUGUGAUUAAACUGAUACAGCGUUCAGCCCAGUCAUUCUUCAUUUUUGUCCUCUCAUAGGACAGAUUAUUUUCAAACAAUGUAAAAUAUUACAUACUUAAUGUUAUGUUUCUCUCCUGUUGUUCAUUUUAAUUAAUUAAUUAAUUAAAGUCCAUUUCAGUUUGAUUAAAUGUUGUGUCAUUCAUUCAACCCUGUUACAGUGUGUUCAACUCUGUUACAGUGUGUUCAACCCUGUUACUUGAUAUAUUUUCAUAUAUUUUUGGAAAAUAAUAACAAAUAUUAGAUAAAUGUUUGUUGAACUGUAUGCAAAGUUUGGAGGACAAGUAGAAAAUAUAGGAAAGUCGUAUCUAAUGUUUAUGUUAAAGUAUAUUUUCAGGAUUUAUGAAGACCGCUUGUACAGUAAGUUGCCAUAUCCUACUUGAAAGUUAAAUUAUCAUUAUUUAGAUAUUAUAAAAUAUACUUACAAAAAGUCAUUCUACACAAGGGACAGGUGAUUUACCUUGAUACUGGAAGAAUUAGUUUGAAUAUGUUUUAAAUUAUACUCAUACAGGAAUCAAAUUGUCCCGUUACGGGGUUGAAUUUAUAACAAUCUAAGUGCCAAAGAAACUCCUAAUAAUGUUUGGGAUUUCAUGCCUAAGGUGGGAAAAUGUAUUUUCACAGAGGUUCAAAUAGUCCUUCAUCAGAUGCAAUGUUCAGAAACCCAAUUUUUUGUGGUAUAUUUGUCAGUAACCAGAGAACCCAAUGUGCACCGAAUUCAGAGAAUCACCCAGCUGCCAUCAGCGAGGACCAUGAGCCAAACUGGCCAAAAUAUGAUAUGACGAUCAUCAGAACUUGUGACAACUACAAAGAUGCCUGUAGGAUUAUGGAGCAGUAUCAGACCGGCUGCAACACCUCUGAUCUACAGUCUGAGGCAGAGCAGGAGUGCGGGCCACCAGAUAAGAGACAAAGGAGGCCAGUCCAUCGUUUCGGAAACCCUGACCAGAGCGAAGAAGAUGUGGAAGAUAUAGUGUCUCAGUUGGAAGCACUACCAGUGCUUCCACGCCCAAGCCAAUUGCCCCGGCAGACUCCACUAUCUCGCCGAGUGCCAGGCAGUAUAUUCAGUCCUCCUCAACCUGGAGAAAAUUGUCCAGCACCUCACCAUGGGGCAGGACUGCAUCACCCUGCACCCGCUUUGAACAUGCAGAGAGUUACUCAAGUUGCUGUGAGGAAAAACGUGGUGACACGGUCAGCCACCGACGCGGAGGUCACCAAACACGCCAUCAGGUGGUUCAACCUGGCGUCGGAUCGAGCGGCGAGGAGACGUGUCCCUCCUCCAUCCACUCAUUUGACCCAAUGAAUAACAAUUAAACAAUCUUUUGAUUG